AUGGCGUCGGUAUCUUCAUUGGAUAAAGACCUGCGCAAUAUGCGACUAUCCCGCUAUACCCCGCAGGCAGCCGCGGAGGUACGCGACUGGAUAGAAGAGGUGCUGCGCGAGAAACUUCCAUCGCCUGAUCUACUCGAAGGUCUAAAGGAUGGUGUGGCUCUAUGCAAACUGGUCAAUUUGGCCGUGUCCCCCGGCGUCAAGUAUAAGCAGUCGUCUAUGCCAUUCGUUCAGAUGGAGAACAUUUCGCAUUUCCUCCGUGCCUGCCAAACCGCGCCGCUCAACCUUCCUCCACACGACGUCUUUCUUACCGUUGAUCUCUAUGAGGCAAAAGAUCCCGCGCAGGUUCUCCAGUGCCUGGCGGCAUUUAGUCGAAGGGCGAAUUCCCUGAAGCCAAGCGCGUUCCCGUCGGCAGUUGGCCCACAAAGUAAGAAGGGGGUGUUGAGUCCUAAUGCGACAGGCUCAUCGAAUUCGGGAUCCUAUACUCGCACUAGCCGUGCCUUGAGCAAUGUUAGCGAUACAAAUUCUGGUCGACCAGGGAGCCCUGCCAAACCAUCCGGAUCCUUUAGCUCUUGGAGUAAGAGAGAUGACCAGACAAAGACUGCGCCAGCAUGGAAUAUUCACCAAUACGGCUACAUGGGUGGUGCCAGCCAGGGCAACCAAGGCAUUGCGUUUGGUGCUCGACGACAAAUUACAACCCCCGGCCCGGCUGUUCCUAGUUUGGCGGAGAAGGAGAAACGUAGACAGGAAGAGGAAGAUAUCCAACGUAAUGCGGAGAGGGAACAAGCUGAGCGCGCCCGUCGAGAGAUGGAAGAGCAGGAGGCCCGUGCUAAAGCUGAGGAGGAGAGAAGAUGGAACGAGGAGACGGCUCGCCAGAGAGAGGAGGAAAGACGAGAGAUGGAAAACGAGAAACGUCGAUGGGACGAGGAAAAGCGCCGAUGGGAGGCAGAGGAGCAGCGCCGACUUGCAGAAGAGAAAGCUGCCGAGCACCGCCUGGAGGUAGAGCAUGAAGAAGAACGCCAACGCCGACGGAAGUCCAACGAUGCUCGUCUCAAUGGUCAAUUCCUGAGCCAGUAUCAGGCAGGGCAGGCCAGUGCUUCUCCAGGUGGAGUUACCCCCACCGACGAAACCGCCGACAGUCGCCGCAUCAAGGAGCUUGAGCGCGAGCUGGAGCUAGCCAAAGAGCGUGAACGCCAGUAUACGAGCGAGCGAAAGGGACCCACAACUCAGGAGAAAGAAGAUGAUUCACAAUCUCGCAGCCGUAACGGCGGACGCCCCGUACCGGUGCCUCCUAAGCCGAGCUAUAGUCUUUCUUCUUUGGAGCAAGAACGGCGACUUCUCCGCGGUGAAUGGCAAAAUACCCAAGACAUACCGGUAACAGAGGAGAAUGAUGAUGGAUUCGAGGAACAAGCUCCGCCUCCGCCUCCCCGGCCUCUCCCACGGCCCGUGCCAGCCCAAGAGCAAGCGCCCGCACUUCCAGCCAGAGCUCUUCCUCCAGCACCCCGUCCCCUUCCAGACCCGAUGGCGUACACUGCCAAUCACAGACAAAAUCGUACCGACCGCUUCCUGAACUCAAACCCAGCACCCGCGGCGCCUACUCCUACUUCGCACCGGCCCCGAGACUACAACACGACAGCCGAGGUUGACGCAGAGAACAGUCGCCGCAUGGCUUCGCAAGAGAAGACACGGGCCGGUGGCUGGGCCUCCAAGUCCUUGUUGGAGCGCGAGAUGGAACGUGAACGCGAGCGCCAACGCGAGUGGGAAGAAAACCAGAAGCAAACCCAGGCUGCCGUGCGCGAUACCUCCCUCGGCACGGGCCCAGGCCAGUCUUGGGAUGUUCACCAGUACGGUUACUUAGGUGGAGAUAACCAGAACCGUGGAGGUCAGGGACUUGGCAUCGGAGGCGCCAGGCGCCAGAUUAUUGGACCUCGUCCGCCUCCAUGA